AUGCAUUUGUUUAGGAGUUACAAUUAUCAAGUGUUCCCGGACCGAGGCUCUGUAAACACGCCGACCAUACGAGGCAUCAGCUGGACUCCACUUCCAGAGGCGCUGGACUCAAAAGACACAAUGAAGCAGUUCCUCUCAGAUCGUGUGGUGAAGGCUGCAAGGUCGGUGUACAAAGUCAUGGUCACAACAAAUCCCGGGUUGAUCCGAGAUAGGAAGCAUCACCUCAAAACUCAUAGACAAUGUUGCUCUGGUAAGGAACUCGUGGACUGGCUGAUGGGACAGAAUGAAGGCCUGCAGUUGAGAAGCCAGGCGGUUGGAAUAUGGCAGGUCCUUGUGGAUGAAGGAGUCUUGGUUCAUGUGAAACACGAGUUGAACUUUCACGACAAAGACACACAGUUCUACCGCUUCCUGGACUCUGAGUUCGGACCAAACCACCUAAAAAAGGACUCGGAGGACGAGCUGCAGGAAAGCCUGUCGCUCCUCUCCCAGCUGGGGCCCGAUGCCCUGCUAACAAUGAUCCUACGCAAAUGUCCAAACCAGAGGAGUUCUGAGGAGCUGGAAGUCAUCUACGAGGAGCUUCUCCAUGUCAAGGCCGCCGCUCAUCUUUCCACCUCGGUGCGGAAGGAGCUGGCAGCUGUGCUGGUGUUUGAAUCACAUGCUAAGGCCGGAACCGUCCUGUUCAGUCAGGGGGACAAAGGCACUUCCUGGUACAUCAUCUGGAAAGGCUCAGUAAAUGUGAUCACCCAUGGGAAGGGUCUGGUGACUACUCUGCACGAGGGCGAGGAUUUCGGGCAGCUGGCCUUGCUGAAUGACGCCCCCCGCGCCGCCACAAUCAUCCUGAGGGAAGAUAACUGCCACUUCUUGCGUGUGGAUAAACACGACUUCAUACGAAUUCUUAAGGAUGUAGAGGCCAACACAGUGCGAUUGGAGGAGCAUGGGAAAACUGUGCUAGUGCUGGAGAAAUGUGCCCAUCCACCUGAGCAGGGAGGAGCUGGAAACAAGUGUACUGUAAUGUCUGGAACGCCAGAGAAGAUCCUGGAACACCUCUUGGAAACAAUUAAGGUGGACUCCAAUGGAAACGAACCAAUCGAUUCGUGUGUGAGCGACUUUCUGCUCACCCACAGAGUAUUCAUGCCCUCCAGUCAGCUGUGUCCUGCACUCCAGCAUCACUACCAAGCGGAGCUCUCUGACGGUUCUGAGCAGGAGAAGACUGCCUACAUUCUCAACACUAAGCUCAAAGUGGUGAAGCUGAUUGGCUUGUGGGUAGCGCUUUAUGGCCUUCUGCUAAAAGAAGACCCCAUUGCCUCAACCUUUCUGGAGAAGCUGAAGAAGGACAUUGGAGCUAAUUUUCGUUUGUCUAGCGUGCUGAAAGAUCAGUUCCGGGACAGAAGAAGAACAAAAGUGUUGGAGAAUGGAUACCACUCAUUGGGCAGGCAGAACUACUCGUUUGACUGGUUCCCACAGAGUGAAGAGUCCAUGGCACGGAUACAUCCAAUCAGAGCGCAGGAUAAAGUGUUGUAUGAGAUUUACACGCCAGAUCACCAGGCUCUCACACCAAUGCUGCCAGUCAACACGUCCGUACAAGAAGUGAUGCUCUCGCUGGUUCAACCCGGAGGUGAUCAUGUGCUGGUCAAGAUGAACUCCUCAGGAGAAAGAGUUGAGUUGAAAUUGGAUGCCACUGCUGUGUUUACUGCGCUGGGACUCAAUGAGAGACUCUUCAUCUGCUCUAGUGGGCAAGUGGAAAAACUGACGCCCCUGAAAGAGCAGCAGGGUCCGGAGCAAACAGGUGCCAACACACUUCAGCACAUGUGCUCUAAAGACAUUGCCAGUGAACUCACCAACUAUGACUGGGAACUGUUCACCGCCAUGCAUGAGUUAGAGCUCAUCUAUUACGUAUUUGGACGUAAAAAAUUCCCAGGAGCCGUGACGGCCAACCUGGAGCGCUUUGUGCGUCGCUUCAAUGAGGUUCAAUACUGGGUGGUGAGCGAACUUUGCCUUUGUGAAGACCUUGUCAAACGAGCCGUCCUGCUGAAGAAGUUCAUCAAGAUUGCUGCAGUAUUAAAGGAGCAGAAGAAUCUCAACUCCUUCUUUGCCGUGAUGUUCGGUUUGAGCAACAGCGCAGUGCAUAGGCUUUACAAGACCUGGGAGAGAAUAUCCAGUAAGACAAAAAGGAUCUACUGUGCCUACGAGAGGCUGAUGGAUCCUUCACGUAACCACCGGGCCUACAGGCUGGCUGUGGCCAAGCUAAGCCCACCUUACAUCCCCUUCAUGCCUCUCAUACUCAAAGACAUGACAUUCAUCCAUGAAGGAAAUCCCAACUUUGUGGACCGACUGGUCAAUUUUGAGAAGAUGCGCAUGAUUGCCAAGACUAUGAAAAUGGUGCGACUCUGCCGGAGCCAGCCUUUUGUACCUUCAUCGCCUCAGAGGGGACUUGCAGAUCGAAUGUUUUUAGAAAGCCCUGCUACCCGCAUAUCUACGUACUCGGACCACAUCCUUCCUCUGCGGAGUCCCAGCAACAUCCGACACUACAUUCAGAACUUGAGCGUGAUCGACUGCCAGCGCAAGCUAACAGAGCUGUCGAGGACAAUAGAAUGCUAG